UUCAGUUUGAUCAUCAGUUUGUGCUGCUGACGAUAAGUUGUCUGAAAUGUUUCUGCGUUCGCUGACAAACUCCAGUAAAUGUUCUGUUUACAACUUUGCCACCUUGUACAUAACUAUAUGAGGAACUGGAGUGUGGGACACAUAUGGCUGUGUAUGAUGAGAAUAUCCUGAAGAACCCUUUUUACCAGGCCCUGGAAAAACACAGACCGGAUCUGUGCAGCAGGGUGGCAGAACUCCAUGGCAUUAUUCUGGUGCCGUGCUGUGGAAGCUUACCAGCUGGCUCUAUUACAGCGUCUCAGUUUGACGGAUACGUGCUUCGGCCUGCCGAACAGGGUUAUCAGACGCUAGAUGGAAAGGAAGUGUCUAUAGACAAUAACCAGGUUCGGCUGGGUGCAGGGUUUCCCAAUCCCACCUCCGUCCCAGUCCUGUUUGAGGAGACGUUCUACAAUGAGAAAGAGCAGGCCUACAGUAUACUGUGCAUUGCUCGGCCAUUUGACUCUGACCACAGCCCUGAGGAGUUGAGUACUGUUUCUGCUCCGUACUGUCUGAAGAAUAUCGAGGAUGUGAGGGAAUUCUUGGGCCGCCAUGCUGAAAAACUAGACAAGUUUGUGGCCGCCUUUUGUCACUCCUUUAAAGAACAAGAGAGGAAGGGCCUUCGACAUCAAAUAGACUCUGUAAAUACCCUUUACACGAAAUGUCUUCAGUUGCUGUUGAGGGACUCUCGUCUAAAGAUUUUGGCGAGACAGGAGAUACAGAUGACUCUACUCAAACAAGCAGUGGAGAUGUACAUCCAUCAUGGCAUCCAUGAUCUACUCUUUAGUUAUGUGGGGACUCUUGAAGCAAGUCGGGAUGCAGCGUUCAACAAAACAACACGGUCCUUACAGGAUCUGCAGCAAAAAGAGCUUGGUGUAAAGUCAGAAUUCAGUAUAAAUAUUCCUCGGGCUAAGCGAGAGUUGAGUCAGCUGAACGCCUGCACGUCUCCCCAGCAGAAACUGCUCUGCAUAAGGAAGGUUAUUUUUACCAUCAUGCAGUCAUCCAGACGCCGAGAUACAGCAGUGAGCAUUGAGGCCAUGUGUGCUGAUGAUCUCCUGUUAGUCAUUCUCUAUCUGCUAAUCAAAACAGAAAUCCCUAACUGGAUGGCAAAUCUGAGUUACAUAAAAAACUUCCGCUUCCGUAAAUCCAGUAAGGAUGAGCUGAGUUACUGUCUCACCUCGUUUGAGGCGGCGGUGGAGUACAUCAGCCAGGGGAACCUCACCCAGAGUGCUCUGGGGUCAGGAGAUCGUCUGUCCUUCAGACAGAAGGUGGACCUGCUGUCCCAGAACGCUACACCUAUAGACCGGCUGUUUGAGCACAUUGUGAGUGGAAAUGAGGCAGAGGUGAAGCGUUUGCUGAGUGAGAGUGAAAACGAAGAGGACGGGAGGAAGUUAUGUCACCCACUCUGUUCCUGUGACGCCUGUGACCGCCACAUCUCAGGGAGGUUAAACGACCCGUCCAUAGUCACCCCAUUCUCUCGGGAUGACAGAGGCUACACUCCUCUACAUGUUGCUGCUGUUUGUGGUCAGUCCCUGCUGAUUGAUGUGCUGGUGUCAAAGGGAGCUGUGGUGAACGCCACCGAUUAUCACGCACUCACACCGCUGCACCUCUCCUGCCAGAAGGGCUUUCAGGGAGUCACGCUGCUGCUCUUGCAUUAUAAGGCAAACACAGAUGCUCAGGAUAACAAUGGAAACACCCCUCUACAUCUGGCCUGCAUGUACGGACACGAAGAUUGUGUGAAGGCGCUGCUGUACUUCGACCUGCACUCCUGUCGACUGAACGUUCAGAACGAUAAGGGAGACACGCCGCUGCACAUCGCCGCCCGCUGGGGCUACGAGGGCAUCAUGGAGGUGCUCCUGGAGAACGGAGCAUCAACACUCAUCCAUAACAAAGCCAAGGAGACUCCACUACACUGUGCCCUCAACUCAAAGAUUCUGUCACUGUUGGAGCGCACACACAAUGACUGCAGUAAAAGGGAAAGUGGAUUCGAGUCUCCGAGUCGCUCUCCUCAGCCGUCGGACUGCAGCAGCAGACGUUCAUCGAUGUCCAGCAUGUCUUCAUUGAGUGUUGAGGCCACGCCGCCAGAGACCGAACGCGUCAGACACAAAGAGGUGGAGAAGUUGUUGAGAGCCGUGGCUGAUGGAGACGUGCAGAUGGUGCGUUAUCUUUUAGAUUGGCUGGAUGAGGAGCCAGAGGAAGAGGACGUUUCAGUGCCAGUUCAGACAGAGCUGUGUCAUCCUCUGUGUCAGUGUCCCAACUGUGAACCUGCACAGAAGAAAACAUCCCAUCUGCAGCCGGACGGUGUGGGUGUGAACAGCAGCAGUGCUGACGGAUUCACUCCGCUCCAUGUGGCAGCGCUGCACGGACACACAGCUCUGGUGUCUCUCUUCACCCGCCACGGUGCCAACAUCAACGCCCGCAACAAUCAGAGCGCCACACCGCUUCACCUGGCCUGCCAAAACAGCCAAAUACAGGUGGUUUCUGCUCUGUUGGAGUGUAAUGCCAAACUGAACAAGAAAGAUCAGUAUGGAAACACGCCACUCAUUCUUACUUGUCUGAAAGGAAAUCUGGAGAUAGCCACCAUUUUGCUGGAGAGCGGUGCGCUGGUGAAUCUGACUAAUAAUCACGGUAACACUGGUCUGCAUGAGGCAGUGAGAGGGGGACACGUCCAGCUGGUGGAGCUGCUGCUGCACAGAGGGGCUUUAGUGCACAUGCGCAACAAGAGACAGCGGACCGCCCUCGACUGCGCUCACGAGACCGCCGGAAAGAACACAGAGAUUCAGAGACUCCUGCAGAAAGCUUAUGCUGACUCCCCAGACAUUCAUCCAGUAAAACACUCCAGAGGAACAGAGGGCACUGUGGCACACUCAAAAAUUCAAAGAGGUAAACAACACAAAAGUCCCAACAGUGGCAAAAAAGACUCAGAAAACAACAAACAAAGGAGCCAGAGGAGGACUGACAGAGCAGCAACUACCAUAGGAGUAUUAGACCAGACGGCUGACGGUCACAGUGACAGACGCAAACUGACGAGAGGAGAGACGGUGGACAGCAGCAGCCCUUUCUGCCACCCGCAGUCGCCACACGCCCAGAGCAGGAGCCUGACCCGCUGCCACACCAUCAGCCAGGACCUGACCCAGCACUCGCUGCAUGUCCCCUGCGACCCCGAACCCUCACCUGAGCCGCAGCAGCCUAACGGGGACUCAGCGCUGGGGGCCGAUGUGCAGGAAGAAGACGCACAGUCCAGAGGAAGUGAUGUGGAGAUCGCUGCCACAGAAAUGGACAAUGUUGUGUUGUGAUACAUCAGAUGUUCAUCACUGUGGUCCUCAUGCAGCCGGUUUAAUAGACUAAAUAUAAUCCUCCAUAUUCUGCCACCUCAUCCUGGUCUUUACUGUAUUUAAGUGUUAAACUAUCUAAACUUUACUGACCUGAAAAUGCAAGAACGGUCAUUGUUUUUCAAGGUUAACAUUUUCUCACGCCUGUGGUUUGAGAUGAAAAAACAGUUUUAGAGGUUUUAAGGGUCUGUAUGUGGAAAUCAGAAAUCGCUCCACAGCAAGAGGAGGAAGUUGCUUUUAUUAUUCCACUUAAAAAUGAUGCUCUUUAAAACACAAAAUAGAAAAAGUUAGCAUGUGUCAACACUGGUGGGUGAAAGGACAAAACAGCAGUGAAACGAGUGAAUAUUUGGGAUGUGUGAAAACACUUUGGAAACUUUCUUAACUUAUAGCAUGUAGGUUAAAGGGAGACGUUUGCAAUAACCUGUACAGAAAGAAUGUGGAUUUGAUUUUUUUUUUUUUUUUUUUUUUUUUUUUUUCUAGCACUUUUUAAUUUUUAGAAAUAGUCACGUCAUAAAAAGGGAUAAUUAAGGAUGAAAUUAUGUAGCAAGAUUUAUUUUCCUCACAAGUUUCCUUAGAAAACUUAAGUGGGCCAUUUUUGUUACAUUUACUAAGCAGCUCUGCGUGCAGGCAACUAGUCGUAACUUUUUUUUUUUUUUUUUUUUUUUUUUUUUUUUUUGUCACAGGAUUAGGUGCUGUUCUAAUAGAUCUUUUUUUUUUUGGUUUUGUUUUGUUUUCUGUUCUGAUUUAUUUCCUUGGCAGAAUACAUUCUUUUUUUUAAUGGUAUGAAUCCCCUCUGUAAACUUGUCCCUCACAAAAAUAAAUGUCACUUUUAAUAGCGUUUUUCUUUUUGGAAACUUUUCUUACCAUAUUGUGAACAGGUUUUGUUGUGAAAAAAUAUAGAAGUAGGACCAAAUGUGUUGUUUGUAUGGUCAGCAGGGGGCAGUAUUACGGACCACGGCUCUGUUUAAAUCAUGCACUUUAUUCCCUUGCAAGGUUUCUCUGUGUGUUUGGUUUUUAGAGCUGAGCUCAUGACACUUGAUUGCAGUUUACCAACAGCACGUUUUGAGUGGCGGGUGUAAAUGCAUUUUCUGCUACAGGAGUGUGUGUAAGCAGAGUUAGAAUUAAUGCUGGACAGAAAGUCAUUAAAUAUCUUCACACAAACUGACCAUGAAAUAAAAAAGCUGGUUUGUGAUGUGAUUUGUCUUUGAAUGUAACGGUUCUUUGUGGCAAUCUGGAGAACUAGAGAGCAAUUAUUUUUGUAUGAUUCCAUUUCAGUUUUGGUGUAACAAUGCAGUAAAUGUGCCUUAUUUAAUUUGUGCCAAAAUAAUGUAAUAAAACCAUAUAACAAGAAAUAAAGAAAGGUAUUAAAUCUAA